GAUUGAAGAGGCAGAGCUGCGCGGCAGCCAUCUUACAGCUUUCACCGUCAACCGAGCCACAUCUCCUGGAUAUUUCUGUCACAAAGGCGAGGUGUACGAGGAAGAAGGAGGCUUUUUCCAGCUCCGUUUUGUUCAUCUGAAGCCAAACUGCGGGAUGAGGAAGGGCAGGUCCAAACCUCUGUGCUCAGCAGGCGGACUGCUCCUCGGACUGUUAUGCGCGGUGCAGGCAGCCAAAGUCAACAAACAUAAGCCAUGGAUUGAGACGACAUAUCACGGCAUCGUGACAGAAAAUGACGAUAAAGUUCUCCUGGACCCUCCACUGAUCGCGCUGGAUAAAGAUGCCCCGUUGCGUUAUGCAGAAAGUUUUCAAGUGACCUUCACCAAAGAAGGGGAGAUUUGCGGCUUCCGUAUUCAUGGCCAGAAUGUUCCGUUUGAGGCAGUGAUGUUGGACAAGUCCACAGGCGAAGGAGUGAUCAGGGCCAAGGACAAGCUGGACUGUGAGAUUCAGAAGGAGCACACGUUCACCAUCCAAGCCUAUGACUGUGGAGAGGGACCUGACGGGGCAAACAUGAAGAAAUCUCACAAGGCAACUGUCCAUAUCCAAGUGAACGACAUGAAUGAGUACUCACCCGUGUUCAAGGAGAAGUCAUACAAGGCUACAGUCAUUGAGGGCAAAGCGUAUGACAGCAUCCUGAAGGUGGAGGCAGUGGAUGCUGACUGCUCCUUCCAGUUCAGUCAGAUUUGCAGCUAUGAGAUAGUCACCCCUGAUGUACCCUUCACCAUUGACAAGGACGGCAACAUAAAGAACACUGAAAAGCUCAACUACAGCAAGGAGCGUGCAUACAAGUUGACUGUGACCGCCUUCGACUGUGGGAAGAACCGUGCCUCAGAGGACGUCCUUGUCAAAAUCAACGUCAAACCAACCUGCAAACCGAGCUGGCAAGGCUUUAAUAAGAGAAUUGAGUACGAGCCUGGCACAGGAAGUCUGGCCCUGUUCCCUAGCAUUCGUCUGGAGACCUGUGAGGAACCAAUCACCUCUAUUCAGGCCAGCAUUGAGCUGGAGACCAACCACAUCGGAAAGGGCUGCGACCGAGACACAUACUCUGAGAAAUCCCUGCACCGUUUGUGUGGUGCCAGUUCUGGCACUGUGGAGCUGUUGCCCUCUCCCAGCAGCGCCACCAACUGGACUGCAGGUCUGCCUACUGACAACGGCCAUGACAGCGACCAGGUUUUUGAGUUCAAUGGCACUCAGGCUGUGAAGAUCCCUGAUGGUGUGGUGAGCACAAGCCUGAAGGAACCCUUCACCAUCUCGGUAUGGAUGAGGCACGGACCCAGUGGCCGGGAGAAAGAAACCAUCCUCUGCAACUCUGAUAAGACUGAGAUGAACAGACACCACUACUCCCUGUAUGUGCACAACUGCCGUCUGGUUCUGCUCCUGCGUCAGGACCCGAGUGAAGCGGAGAACUACAAACCAGCAGAGUUCCACUGGAAACUUGACCAAGUCUGUGAUAAAGAAUGGCACCACUACGUACUAAACAUCGAGUUCCCUGCUGUGUCUCUGUUUGUGGAUGGAGCUUCCUUUGAGCCCUUUCUGGUUACAGAGGAUUAUCCUCUCCACGCCUCCAGGAUCGAAACUCAGCUCACUAUUGGUGCCUGCUGGCAAGACCUCUCAGGACAUGACAAUGACACAGAGACAGGCUCAGAGCCUUUGACAGGUGGUAGUGCUCACAUGACCCAGUACUUCCGGGGCAAUUUGGCUGGCCUCAUGAUCCGCUCUGGGAAGCUGGAAAAUAAGAAGGUGAUCGAUUGCCUGUACACGUGUAAGGAGGGUCUUGAUGUGCAGCUCCCAGAGGAAGUGGCUUCUACUGUGAAGGUGGAUUUUAACCCCAAUCAGUCUUCUCUAACUCUGGAGGGAGAUGAUAUUGAGAGCUUUGAGAAGGUUAUGCAGCACAUCUCCUACCUGAACUCCAGGCAGUUCCCCACACCAGGAAUACGCCACCUGCGUGUCACCACCACCGUCAAGUGCUUUAAUGAGGAGACGUGCAUCUCUGUGCCUGAUGCAGAGGGCUACGUGAUGGUCCUUCAGCCAGAGGAGCCAAAGAUCAGCCUGAGUGGAAUUGACCAUUUUGCACGUGGAGCGGCUGAGUUUGAGAGCACCGAGGGUGUAACACUGUUCCCUGAACUGCGUGUUGUCAGCACCAUCACACGAGAGGUGGAGGCUGAGGCCGAAGGAGAGGACGAGCCCACGGUGCAAGAGUCUGUUGUUUCUGAGGAGAUCAUGCAUAACCUGGACACGUGUGAAGUGACUGUAGUUGGAGAAGAUCUGGAUGGAAAUCAUGAGAGUCUGGAGGUGGAUUUGGCCCAGGUUCAGCAGAGAGGCCUCGAGAUUAGCUCCUCCAACAUGGGCAUGGUCAUCACUGGUGUCAACACCAUGAUCAACUACGAGCAGGUCCUGCACCUCAUCCGUUACAGGAACUGGCACACAGAGGCUCUGUUCGAUAGGAAAUUCAAGCUGGUCUGCUCAGAACUCAAUAGCCGGUACAUCAGCAAUGACUUCAAAGUCGAGGUCAAUGUGAUUCACACGGCUAACCCAGUUGAGCAUGCUAAUAAUGCCCUGUAUCAGCCUCAGUUCAUCAACCAAGUCAAGCACGCCUCAGUGGACCUGCCUGGACACAACCUGGCCAACACACAUCAAGCUUCAGUUGUCCCCAGUGCUGCCACAAUCGUCAUUGUGGUGUGUGUAAGCUUCCUGGUGUUUAUGAUUAUUCUGGGAGUGUUCAGGAUCCGUGCCGCUCAUCAGCGUACCAUGAGAGACCAGGAGAAUGGCAAAGAGAAUGAGAUGGACUGGGAUGACUCUGCCCUCACCAUCACCGUUAAUCCUAUGGAGACUUACGAGGAUCAGCACAGCAGCGAAGAGGAGGAGGAUGAGGAAGAGGAGAGUGAAGACGGAGAGGAGGAAGACGACAUCACCAGCGCGGAGUCGGAGAGCAGCGAGGACGAGGAGGGGGCGGAGCCUGAGGACCAGCAGGGCACCAGCCGACAGCAGCAGCUGGAGUGGGAUGACUCCACUUUGACCUACUGACGCUGCCGAUCACACACACCACUCUGAUAACAUGCACACAAAAACGCAAGCGCGUACACGUACACAAACACAACGCACACGCACUACACUCACCUACCCACUUGCUCACUGUCUAACCUCUCCACCAAUGGGGAGUUCCAAUUUUCCUCACAAGAUUGCCCACCUAUGGAGCCAUGAAUUUAAAAAAGAAAAAAAAAAAGUCCUUGAAGCAAAAUUAUAUUAUAUAAUAUUACACACACCUAGAAAUACAUAUAUACAUCUAGUGUCUGUGAUGACUGAUCACCUUAAUUUCCACUGGCCAAGGCUUCCCUAGUGUCAGCUUAGUGGUGAUGUUCAGUGUAGUAUAAUUAUCACAUAAUAGCUGAAUGCUAGUUAAGGGUUUUUUCUUUUUUUUUUUUGUUUAUUUAUUUCUUUGAUAUAUUUUUUAAACGUGGGAUACCUGGCCUAGAUUUUAUUUUUAUUAGCUCUGUAACAAUAUAGCCUUGCACCACUUUCCUUGUUUCACAUGUUACGUCAUUAAAACCGAGAAUGAUUUUGUGUCUAUUGCACACAGGUUUUGGAAUUGUUUGCGACAGAACUUUAAAGAGAAGUUUUUGCCUCUUUUAGUUUUGAUAAUGCUUCUUGCUCUUCUUCUUGGUCCGUGUUUCUUUCUCCUCUUUAUAGUGCAUGAAAAUUUGCAAAGCCAUGCGUGUAGAAGAACCUUACUUUUUGAUAUUUUGUAAAUAUGAUGAAACCAUGGUGUCCAGUAUCUAAAGCGUUUGCAGUACCUGCUGUAGAAUUUAUUUUUGUGUGUGUGUGUUGCAGAGGCUCGAGCAUGUUUUGGAAAAUUUGGCAAAGCUCUUCCAUUGUGCUUGUGCGCUUUAGAACGAGAAACCCAUGACAGAGACUGAGGUUUCUGUGGCAAAGUGUUGCUUAUUUUGUCUAGUUUUUUUUCUUUUUUGGAGGUGUGUGUGGUUUUUUUUUUGUUUUAUCAUUUUUGUUUAACAGAGUGGGUGGGCAUGAGCUCUGCAAAUCUAGGCUUGCACAGGUGCAAAUUCUACAACUUGUUGUUUUUAAUUUCUGUGAAGUCCACUAUUGGACAGAGGUUUAUACUUUGGUGGACCCUCUGGAUAAUCAUGUUCAGGUGAUGAUUUAUACAUUUGUUGAAAUGGUACUGUAUGCUGUACAGUUUAGACCCUCUGCAUUUAAGCCAUCUUGGAGUGGUAGUGGUAUUUUUCCUGUAACAUUGUCUACCGUCAUAACCCUUUCUGAUCAAGACAGUUUGAUGUAACUUGGACAAAAGGGGCGUCUGGAGUUGAUGGUUUGUGCUUCAUAACAUCUGUGCAGUGCCAUGAUGGAUGAAAAUACUCUGAUCCUCCGAUACUCCAAUCAGUUGCAUAAAUGUUUUUUUUUUUUUUUUUUUGAGAUAUUUAUUCUUUGGUGUAUAAUUCUGCUUGAUUUACUCAGUGUGAUUCACUGGCUGCUCGGUCAUUCCGGUCUCAGAAAAUAUUUUAUUGGAAUAUCCAGUUACAUGAAUACUUGAGGAAUUAUGUUUUGAGAUGAUCAUUGCGUGGUACACUUAAAGCAGUACACUGAUGAUAAUUCUUGUACAUGGAGGUGUGUUCUGGUAAACAUGCUAUACUCCAGGCAGUGGUUUUAAGAUAUCUACAGGCUUGUCUGCAGGUCAUUUGUUCAUUUUAUGAAUCUAUUAAAGCAGUUGUCUGUUGCCUUCCUACAUCUAUAUAAAAGUCAGGCACUGUGGAUUCAGCUAGAAAGAUUUGGAUGGAAUGUUAAAUAUUUGUGCUAAGGGGAAUGUUGAUAUAUAGAGAGAAUGGAUUUGGGUCACUUUUAUUUAGAUUCCCUGCCUGGACGUUUUCGGUUUACUGCUGAAAACCACAAGGGGUUGUGUGUGGCGUUUUUUUUUUUUUAAUGAUUGUUACUACUGCCAUCAAGAUUAGUUUCUGUUUUUAUGACUGGCUGGGAAAGACAGAGAUUGUUCAGACUGCUUUUGAAUGUCCAAUAAUCUUCCCUUAAUUGGAAAUUUUUGUUGUUUCCCUUUACAAUCUGAAUUCCCCUUAGAAGAAGCUCAGAGGUGAGCCGCAGUCCACGAUUUAGUUUAGUGGAGUUGGGAGUGCCUUUCGCUGGUCACUGCACAUUUAACAUGACUAACAUGACCCUCGUCCACACCAUCCUAAUUAGUGGCCAUUUUCUUCUUUUGUAAUUACAUAUUAGAAUUGUACAGAUAUAGCAAAGUGACUUUUGUUGUAAUUGGGGUCAACAGCUAGUUUUUAUCAGUUAUGAUUGUUUUAAUUGUCCUGCAUAGGUGUCCUGUGUUCAUGUUGAUGUGUAGAGAACGUAGAUUCAUAUUGUAUCAUGAAUAAAUAUUGUACUAAAUCAUGUUUGAGGAAAGCCACCUCUAAAGAGAUGUAUAUAAUUAAAAUUCUUUAGGCAGUGUAUGUGGGUAUGAAAUUAACUGUGUGCAUAGUGAAAACUCAUUUUGAAGUUUAUUGCCUGAUUUUCUUAAACCAAGACACGGGGCAGCAUGAAAAUCACAAGAACUCGUCAAAUAUCCUUUUCCCCUUCACACAGAUUUGUUUCAUGAUCUGUCUGAAGACUUUUCUUUUCGUAUGGAAUUUUAUAUUUAGUCCAACCACUUAUCUGUUAAUUUGUUUAGUCACUGGAUGAAAGCAGACCAUUCCAUGUUUGAAUGAAUGGAGAUUUGUAGGAAAGUGACUGUAGGGUCAGUCUUUCCAGCAAAACCCAUCUACAGCAAGGACACAACAGUAUGAUUUUUUUUUUUUUUCCUGAGCAGGUUUGUCGUAAAAAAAACUAGGCCUACUACUGAAUCUCAUCUUGAAAAUGGCGCUUUUUUUUUUGCCCCCCUUUUUAAACAGAAGGUGAGGAAAGUUGAGAUGUUAGAUGCUGCCCUCAAGCUCAUUGAAUUUUCUACAUUUAAUUGCAAAUUUUGUUGAAGUUGGUGCUUGCUCAUGAACAAAAUAAAGGAUGAGAUGGAAUUAAA